AUGGCAUCCAGACUCUCAUUCUGCGCCACCCCCACGCGUAUCGCCCUGGCACCCCUCUCUCGCCGCGCUCACCCAUGCCUCGCCAAGGCAAAGGCUGCAGCAAAGGCAGACGCCAAGGCGGCGGCGUUGGAGCGCGCGCGGCAAGCCGAGGAGAGAUGGAUUGAGAAGCUCAAGGCAGAGCACGGCGGCGGGUGGAAAGCGAUCUUUGAUGAGAGCCAGGCUAGGAAGGAGCGCAAUGCGGAGGCAAUUCGGGCGGGACACAGACAAGCGAAGCUGGCGAAGCAGCAGCAGCAACAGCAGCAGUCUUGA